AGAGACAAAAACUGCCAGAUCAAUAAGGUGACACGGAACCGCUGUCAGUACUGCCGGCUGCAGAAGUGCUUUGAGGUUGGCAUGUCUAAGGAAGCGGUCCGGAAUGACAGGAAUAAGAAAAAGAAGGAUAUAAAAGAGGAGGUGGUUCUUCCAGAAAGCUACGAGCUGAGUGGUGAACUGGAAGAACUGGUUAAUAAAGUCAGCAAAGCACAUAGGGAAACCUUCCCUUCGCUCUGUCAGCUCGGAAAAUACACAACU